AUGGGCCAUGAUACUAGUGCUUGUAGACAAAAAGAGGGAAGGAAGCCAGAAUGGGUUGUUAAGGAUACAGAGAAGGCAACUGGUUCGGGAGAGACAAUGCCAGAAUUGAAUAAGGAUAUGACCUCUUCUUUGAAUACAGAAUCUAUAUCUGAUCCUGAUGGUUUCAAACCAGCAACAACGAUGUGGAAAGUUAAAGCAAAAGACCCCCCAGUUAACACUUCGGUAGCUAAUUCCUUUCAAGCUCUAAUAGAACCUAAUGGUAGUGAUUUGGUGCAAGCUGAAAAUAAGGAACAACAGAGUCAAAAACUAAUGGAAUGUGCUAGUCAGUUGAUUCAUCUUGGAGUUGCAACUGUUGACAAUAAGAAUUCUUUUUUUGUUAUUUAUGUCUAUGCUUUUAAUGAUGAGGAGGGGAGGAAAAGGCUUUGGAAAGAGCUUCAGGACCUCUCUGUUAUGGGUCCUUGGAUUGUAAUGGGAGACUUCAAUGACAUUUUAGCAAAAGAGGAGCGAAUUGGCAAUAGAGUUAGGUAUAAGUCCUCCACUGAUUUCAAUGAAUGUGUUGCAAACUGUCAACUUGAAGAUGUCAAAUAUAAAGCUGUGUUUUUGAAUGAGGGAUUGUUUGAUCAUACUGCAGCUGUUCUUACUGUUUAUUCAAACGUCCCUUGUGGUAGGAAGCCUUUCAAAUACUUUAAAAUGUGGUCUACACAUCCAAAAUAUUUUGAAAAGGUUAAUUUGAUUUGGCAGCAGCAAGUUACAGGGACAAAAAUGUAUCGAGUAAUUACUAAGUUGAAGGCUCUAAAGGCAGUAUUCAAGGAGAUUAAUGCUCAAGGCUACUCUGAUAUAAAUAGUGCAGAAAUUCAAGCUAGAGAUCACCUAGCUGAAUGUCAAGAUAAGCUUCAUCGUGACCCUUUAAAUCCUGUCAUACAUGUAAUGGAGUUGGAAGCUAGGAACAGGUAUGCUCUGGUUCACAAGGAUUAUAUUUCUUUCUUGCAGCAGAAAGCUAAAUUGAAUUGGGCUAGAGAUGGUGAUGAGAACUCAACAUUAUUUCACAUUAGCAUCCGUGAGAGAAGAAGGCACAAUAGAGUUUUAUCUAUUGUUAACUCAGAAGGUAAUUGGGUAGAAGAGCCCAUACAGGUCAUUGAAGCUUUUUUAAACUACUACCAGGAACUUCUGGGUAGUAAGAUGCUGCAAAGGAAGCCUGUGCUGGCUGGAAUUGUGAAUCAAGGCCCUAAAGUUACAGAACUGCAAUCAGACCUGCUCUUGACAGAUUAUACAAAAGAAGAGGUUAAGAAAGUGUUCUUUGAAAUACUUGGAAUUAAAGCACCAGGUCCAGAUGGUUAUGGGAGUUUCUUCUUCCAAGAAAACUGGGAUUUAAUUGGAGAUGAAGUUGCUGAAGCUAUCUUUUCUUUCUUACAGUCCGGGCAGCUCCUUAAAGAGAUAAAUACCACUGUGCUAACACUUGUCCCCAAAACUAAGUGCCCUAAUACAAUGAAGGAUUAUAGACCGAUAGCCUGCUGCAAUGUUAUUUACAAAGCAGCUAUGAAAUUGAUAUGCUCGAGACUCAAAACUGUCCUCCCUAGUCUUGUGGCUCAAAAUCAAGGAGGCUUUGUUCAAGGUCGUUUCAUAGCGCACAAUAUAAUGAUUUUCCAAGACUUAGUCUGUCAUUAUGGGAGGAAAUCAUCAAAAGCCAGUUGUUUGAUAAAGCUAGAUUUACAAAAGGCUUAUGAUACUAUUGAAUGGAGCUUUAUAAAAGAAAUGUUGUAUGGUUUCCAUUUUCCUGAGCACUUUAUUCAGCUGGUCAUGACAUGUAUUAGAACACCACGGUUUUCACUCAUGAUCAAUGGUUCAUUGCAUGGUUAUUUUGAAGCCAAAAGAGGGUUGUGA